AUGUCGGUGCAGGAGUGGUGUUUGUCGUUCCAGCAGCCGUAUGCCGGUCUCGUGUUGGACGGAGUGAAGAUGGUGGAGAGCUGCUGGAGGCCCCUGCUGGCCCCGCUGCAGAAUCGGACCCUGGCAGUACACAUCGCUAGGUGGGACUGGGAGGGGGAGGAGUGGAGGGUGGUGCUGAGCGGCCGGCUGGGAAUGGACCAGGCUCAGAUCCGGGAACUCCUGGAGUCUGGAGAGAGGUUUGGCCACGGUGUGGUGACAGGAUUGGUCGAUGUGGGAGAGAAAUGGCUGUGCACCGCCUCCCUGCAGGAGGAGGAGCUUGAGCACCUGGAGGGCUCAGCUGUCAAGACUGUAAAGAUGGCCGACAGGUGCUGCCACGUCGCCCAGGUGACGUGA